AUGAGUUACACACUGUCGCCUCUAGUUGAUGAAACCAAGCUUAAGAUCGAGGGUCUCUGUUUGAACGAUAAUCCAAAGGCAAUGAUUAUUGUGAAGAAUAGGAUUAAACAGAUGACCGAUAAGGCUUGGAGAUAUCUAUCAGGCAACAACAAUGCUGCUGACAUCCUUGUUGAGAACAUCGAUAGGGUUGAUUUCAAUGCUCUAAAGAAUACCAAGAUCUAUGCCAAGAUCGUCAAGCACAAGCCUGAUAUGAUUGACUGGUCUGUCCUCUCAUCAAAGGAUGAUGAGGACGCCAUCCAACUGUUGAGGGAUAACCUUGACAAGGUUGAUUGGAGGGUCCUUUCUGCCAACAAGGGUGCCAUCGACAUCUUGAAGGACAACCUUGAUAAUGUAUAUUGGAGUGAGUUGUCAAAGAAUGAGAAUGCCAUCGAGAUCUUGAAGGCAAAACCCGAUAAGGUGGUCCAUGACUCUCUAUGGUUUAACAACAACCCCGAGGCAGCAGAUAUCUUAGACGUAUCAAGGUGUGAUCCAGUGCCCCCUCUGACCAUCAACAACUUUCUAAAGAGAGAAGAAAAAGAUCUUAUCGAGGAGAAUGCGUGGAAUGAGAUCUGCAUGAAUCCAUUUGCCGAAAAGAUUGUAAAGGACAACAUGGAUAAUAUUGAAUGGAAUGGAAUCAGUUACAAUAAGAGCGAUUGGGCCUAUGAUCUGCUUAUGGAGAACAAGAAAAAUAUUGUUUAUAGUGGAGUGCUAAACAAUAGCAAUCCUAGAUGGUCCGAUACAAUCAAGAAGAUUCUUCAUCGAAAUUAUGAAGAUGCAAUUAUUGUUAUGAUCAAGGCUGGAGACGAAAACUGGAAAUUGAAAUUGAUAUCAAAUGAAGAAACAAGCAAUAUAUUGGCUCAAUACUAUAAUAUAGAGGACUUCCAUCAAGAGCUGCAUGAUGCUUUAAGUACCUUUGUCAAGGAUAUAAAAAAGACAGAGGAGAUUGAAUUCCUCAAGACACAUCUAAAAAUAAAGCUAUUCUACAAGUAUAUCAGCAGAUGUCCAGCUAUCUUUCAAUAG